AUGGAGUCCAUCUUAGACACUAGUAGGCCCGUGGAUGUACAGGAGUUUGACCGGGUGGUGCAGUACCUCUCGACCGGGUCACCGCAGGAAAUUAUGAAAGCGCAGGAAGUUAUCACCGCCUUCAAGGAUAGGCCUGACGCCUUUAUUCAGGUUGGGACGCUACUGACAAAGUCACAGAACUCAACAACACGCUUUUUUGCCUUACAGGUCCUGGAUGACACCAUCCUGCAUCAGUGGAACGCCUUUACAAAUGAGCAGAAGGAGGAGAUUCGGAGCUUUGUAAUAAAUUUAAUCGUUGCUGAAUGCAAGAGUUUUAGCCAGAUUCGUAGUCGCAAGGCACUCCUCACCAAGAUAAACAGCACAUUGGUCAGCAUUGCGAAACGAGAGUGGCCGGUGCGAUGGCCCAGCUUUAUUCAAGACAUUUGUACUAGCGCUGGCCCAACUGAGCCGCUCAUAGAAAAUAAUUUAAACUUACUGCGCCUCGUUGGGGAGGAUAUCUUUGAAUUUGGUGAAAAGACACUGACGUCACGAUGGAUCAAACGAAAGAAGGAGGCUUUGAAAAGUGAUUUUCGCCUUAUUUUUCGGCUGUGUCUAUCGGUGCUUGGAACGGGAGAUCAGGCACUUUUGAAGACAGAUUUGGAGUGUAUGGAAAAAUAUUUGGCGUGGAUGGAACCGACACUUGUAUUUACUGAGGAUGUUAUCAUGUACAUUGCCAGCCUAGUUGCUGGGGAUGCCACCGUGGCCCCCGUAGCCGUGCGCUGCCUUUCUGUGAUUUGUUCUAUAGACACGGAUGAUGGGGCGGCGGGGGACACGCAGGCGCAGAUAACGGUUCGUGUAUUUCGCACCGCGUUUAAUAUUAUCAUAAACGCUCUUCCAACCUCUCAUUCGUCUGUGGAGGGUCGAGUAAUUCACAUGUAUGAAAUGGGGUCGGAUAUGGACUGCAGGUUUAUAAGCGAGGUGAAUAUCCUCCUAAUUGCCUUUUUAAAGCGGUAUUCGAAAUUAAUCCUAUAUGAUGACAUUCUGUUACUCUCCACGCAUCAAAUGCUAGUGGGAAUGAGCCACAUUGAUAACAAGGAACUUUUCAAGUCUUGUAUAGAGUACUGGUGGUGGCUUGGAGAAAGACUGUUACGGGCUCCAUCACCCACGCCACUGCAUAAAAAACUCUCCGGUGUUCUUAGUAACGUGCGAUUUUUGCUCAUUAAGAGGAUGGCCAAACCGGAGGAAGUCAUUAUUGUGGAAGAAGAAGGUGAGCUGCGUCGUGAACACAUGACAGAUGUGGAGGGGCUGCAGCUGUACAACCUAAUGCGGGAGGCUUUAGUGUUUCUCACAAAUCUUGACCCCCACGACACGCAGCAGAUCAUGACGGGGCUGAUGCAAAAACAACUGGAUCGCAGUGAGUGGAGCUGGCACAACUGCAGCACAUUGUCUUGGGCGGUGGGGGCAAUCUCAAUGGCUCUACCAGCCGAACAAGAAGUCGCGCUUUUUGUGGUGAUUGUUCGUGGGUUGCUUGAUCUUUGCAAAGAAAUGCAAGGGAAGGAAAAUCGUGCGGUCAUCGCUAGUAAUAUUAUGUUUGUCGUAGGACGCUACCCACGUUUCCUUCGCAGUCAUCACGUCUUUUUGAGCACAGUUGUUCGCAAAAUUAUUGAAUUUAUGAAGGAGCUGUUUCCUGGGGUGCAGGAAAUGGCGGUCGAUACGCUCCUCAAGAUAGCCUCGCAGGUGCCGGAUCAGUUUGUCUUCUUGGACAACCGAAAAGAAUCUAUAGCAAUCGAAAUUGCGGAGCGAUGGACCGAUGUCACCUCAUUGCUAGAACCACAGCAGAUACAGACCUGCUUUGCCGCAGCUGGAUAUAUGAUCAAAAGUGACUCCCCUGAUAGGCAAGCGGCUCUUUUGGAGCUAUUCCUACGUGAUGUUAACAUUAAUUUUAAAGCCAUAACGGAAAGAGCGGCGGCUGAUAGUGCGUUAUUUUGCCGUGAUUCUACAAGUAUGAUGGAACUGAUUCAUUUGUUACGCGUAUAUAGCAGCAUUGCCUCCACAUGUGGCACAGCAUUUAUCAAUGAAAUGGGAAUCAUCAUUUGGGACCUCCACGGCUUCUACCGUACGUUCUUCGCCGCACAGAACGCAUUGAUCGCCGAAGGUGGACCUGCUUCUAUGCUGCAUCAAGAUGCACGGUAUUUGAGACUGGCAAAGAAGGAAAUACUUCGUAUUUUUGAGCGUUUUGUAGAUAACACCGAAGAACGUGACUUCGUAGCGGCGAAUUGUAUGCCAAGCAUCUUGACCGUGGUGUUGGAGGACUACCGUGCCUCGGUGCCUGAGGCAAAGGAGCCCGGGGCGCUGGCGCUGGUGACUGCGUGUGUGAAUAAAUUGACCGAUCGUCUCAGUGGGGAUUGUGCGGCUAUUCUUGAUCAUACGUUUGACACCACAGUGGCAAUGAUAUGCAGAAACACAGAAGAUUUCCCUGAGUUUCGUGUGAAUCUUUUUAAGCUCCUUCAGGCAUUGAAUAAACACUGCUUUGAUGCUUUUUUGAGCUACGCCUCAACAAAGGAGGAUGUCAUUACGGGCAUGCUAUGGGUGAUUAAACACACAGAUUUUGCGACCAUGGAGACUGGGCUCCUCGCCUUGGAUGCCUUCCUUGAGAAUGUUGCCGAAUCUAAACUUAUGCAGGACUUCUUCAACACCUUUAUGCAUCAAAUAUUUGUAGAGGUACUAGUAGCAGCCAUGGACUCGCUUCAUGCUGCGGGUUUCAACCUGCAUUGCAGUAUUCUUAUUAAACUUUUCCGUGUGUCUGAUAUGUUUCCCCCGCAGACGCCAGUGCUUGGCCGUUGUGUAGUGCAGGAAUUUCUGCUUGAAAGUCUUUCAAUUAUCCCCACCCUCACACCGACGCUCAUAACAGACUUUGUGUCCUCUGCCUAUGAGUCGUACAGAGACGAUGUGGAAUUCCGCCGUCGAUUUGCCGAUUUUUUGAUUGAGGUGCAGGUGUGGGGCGCUGAGGAGGAAAAUCGGCUGCAGAUGGAGGAGGAACGGCGUCUACGGGAGGAAACCAUUCCUGGUUUUGCAGCUCUUUUAACUGGCCCAGCUGGGGUGUUCUUGUCACCCUCUGGUUGA